UGUCUCUGUCUCACUCUAUUUAACCCAGUAACACUUUUACAAGCGGCCCCCCACCCUCCUCCUUUCGUCUCUAUAUCUCCCUCGUUCCCUCUCGCCGUCUCUUGUGUAACAGUGCCCAGUGCUGGAUUACUAAACUCUGAGGCUGCUGAAGCAAGAGGCUGUGGCAGGCUUCAACCAGAAUGGUGAGGUGGUUCCACCCCAACAUCACAGGCAUCGAGGCAGAACGGCUUCUGUUGACCCGGGGUGUCCACGGCAGUUUCCUGGCCCGGCCGAGCAAGAGCAAUCCGGGGGAUUUUACCCUCUCUGUCAGGCGCAACGAUGAGGUGACCCACAUUAAGAUCCAGAACUCGGGUGACUACUACGACCUAUACGGAGGCGAGAAGUUUGCCACACUGGCCGAGCUGGUGCAGUAUUACACCGAACAACAGGAUCUCCUGCGCGAGAGGAACGGCCAUGUCAUCGAGCUCAAGUACCCACUCAACUGCAAGGACCCGACCUCUGAGAGGUGGUACCAUGGGCACCUCUCUGGGCGAGAUGCAGAGAAACUGCUGACAGACAAAGGCAAAGCUGGUAGCUUCCUGGUACGGGAGAGCCAGAGUAAACCGGGGGACUUCGUCCUCUCAGUUCUCACCAAUGAGGAGAAACACGAGAAUGUGGACCGCAAGACCAAGGUCACCCACGUUAUGAUACGCUACCAGCAGGACGGUAAAUACGACGUGGGCGGCGGUGAGAGGUUCGACACCCUGGCUGACCUGGUGGAUCACUACAAGAAGAACCCCAUGGUGGAGAAAAGUGGCAUCGUAGUGCACCUCAAACAGCCCUUUAACGCCACGAGAAUAAAUGCAGCCAACAUCGAGAACCGGGUACGAGAGCUCAACAAAGUAGCAGACAACUCUGAGAAACCCAAACAGGGAUUCUGGGAAGAAUUUGAGGUACUACAGCAGCAGGAGUGCAAACUGCUGUAUCCCCGGAAAGAAGGCCAGAAGCCAGAAAACAAGAGCAAAAACAGAUACAAGAAUAUCCUCCCCUUCGACACAACUCGGGUUGAACUCAGGGAAAUAGAUCCAGAUGUUCCUGGUUCAGACUACAUCAAUGCCAACUACAUCAGAUAUAUAAUUGUCCAGAGUAAGCAUGAAGAGCAGCGCCACGAGGAUGAGGGCAAAGUCUUCAUCGCCACCCAAGGGUGCCUACAGAAUACGGUCGUUGACUUCUGGAAGAUGGUGUAUCAGGAGAAUACACACGUCAUCGUCAUGACCACGAAGGAGAUGGAGCGAGGACGGAACAAAUGUGUCCGUUACUGGCCCGACCUCCACGCCACUAAGGAGUUUGGUAAGGUGUUGGUAAGGAACGUGGAUGAGCGACCAGCACAAGACUACAUCCUGAGGCAGCUGGAGGUGACCCGUCUAGACAGGAAGGAGCCUCCGAGGUACAUCUGGCACUACCAGUACCUGAGCUGGCCGGACCAUGGGGUGCCCAAUGAGCCCGGCGGUGUCCUCUGGUUCCUAGAGGAGGUCAACCGCACCCAGAGUACCAUUCCAGACACCGGACCUAUUGUCGUCCACUGCAGCGCAGGCAUCGGCAGGACAGGCACCAUAAUCGUCAUUGACAUCCUUAUUGACAUUAUUAACCGCCAAGGUCUAGAUUGUGACAUUGACAUCCCAAAGACCAUCCAGAGGGUACGGCAGCAGAGAUCAGGCAUGGUACAGACAGAGGCCCAGUAUAAGUUCAUCUACAUGGCUGUGCAGCAGUACAUAGACACGGCUCAGAAGAGACUGGAGGAGGAGCAGAGGAAUAAGUUGAAGGAGAGGGAAUAUUCCAAUAUCAAAUAUCCCCAGAUGACCAACUCGAGGUCCAAACCCAGUGUGACAUCCUCGCGCUCUUCUUCUGUGAUGACAAAUGAUGAUUCGUCCAGUGUGUACGAGAACAUAAACUUUAAAAGCCCUCAGACGUCAUUUAGCAGUAACACCAGGAGGUAAAACCACCGCUGUUGACCUGAACAUCUCUCUACCUGCCUCCCUUUUCAGCGGAGGUGUCGCUUCAUCAGCUCCUAAAAAUCCCUUGGGGGAGGAGGGAGUGUGUUGCUCUGACUACACCCCACAUCAGUGGACCCUGCCGGGGCUGAAGGUGGCGAGCUGACCCCUCUCUCCUGCUGCUGUCCUGCUUGACCUCUCUGGAGUCAAACCAUAGAGACAAUGACUCUACAGCAUAGUGCUCUCGCUCAGGGCCUUUGUCCCCCCUGCCUUCCCCUCCCCCACCCACCCACCGCUCCAGCCUCUUCUUCGUUUAACCAGCGUGAGUGCCUUGUCACAGGAUGUGUCUGUAAUCUAGCCUCCCCAAACCUGCUGUUACUUCUUUACUAUUACAAUUUCCAAAUCCUGGAAAUCCAAGUUGACGUGAGAAACAUCCAGUUUUCCCUAGGUGUGACGGAUAAUAAACAUGGAGUCUAUGGAGUCUGCUGCGGCCUGAACUGAACAGAACUGUACGGGACCCAAGAAUAGGUCAAAGCUAAGCUGUUUGUCCGCUCUUUGCCAGAAAUCAGUCAGUCUGUUCGCUAUCCCUCUUUCUCUGUCUUUGCUGGCUUUAUUUAAACUUGACCUUAGACUGUUUUUGCGGCAUUGUGUCUCUCCAGCUGUGUUGGUUAUUAAUGUGGGUGCUGAGUGAUAACAAGGACAGUUACGUAACCUGCUACAGGACCCUGAGGUACAGGGAAGGCAAGCAAGCCCUU